UUAUUUUUGGUAUUCAGUGUCCACUGUCGUUGUCUCCAGUCAUGAAGUCCCACCUGCCGGCCCGGUUGGAUUGAACGAGAUAGUGCUGUCGGGGGACAUUUUGAAGGUGGUGUUUUUGAUUUUGUUUUUUUUUCUUUAAGAAACAAGCACUUUUUGUUCGCUGCUGGAGGAAGGUUUAGUGAAGAGGACGAGGAGGAGAAGGAGAAAUCUCAGGAAAAAACCCCAUCAGUUGGAAUCUGGCACCCCACCAGCCCCCGUGGAUCACAAAUUAACAGAAUUCAGCGGCUCUUAAAAAACAUCAAUCAAAUGAUCUGGAUAAUUGAAGACCAAUAGGGAUGGAACGCAACAGAACCAUGGCUGGGGAAGUGUUUUGGAUCUUUGUUGCUAAGAAUCAACACUGACCUGGCACCUACGCCGAGGUCCGCUGUCCUUCUCCAGCACCCCGAGGACCAUUCUUUCCCCCCAGCAACUGCUUUGCCCUCUUCUCACCUUCACUUGGUGCUCCUGGUUUUGAUCAAACCUCGGAAAAAACUCUGCCUGCUUUUGUUUUUAAUCCCCCUCCUAUGAUUUACCUUCCAGACUGUUGGUUAUAAUCCACAUUCUCUCUGAAAAAGACAGAAGUACACCAAAACAGACUAGAAGCAGGUGGCUGAACAGUAUGAAUGCAGCCAUGUACCCCCUUUCGCUUCCACUAAGUAAACAAAGUCGGCGGGGUUUGUUAUCCAGGACACGCCCCCUUAGUCUCAUGACAGACUGGUGCCUAAUGGGUGUGCUCAGCCUCAUCCUGCUCUUCAGCCUGGCCUCGAGCCAGAAGAUAGACCCUUCCAAACACCCCAUAGUCACCACCAACUACGGCAAGAUCAGAGGCAUCAAGAAGGACUUGAACAAUGAGAUCCUAGGCCCUGUGGAGCAGUACCUAGGUGUCCCCUAUGCCACGGCACCCAUCGGCGACCGCCGCUUCCAGCCACCUGAAGCCCCAGGAUCCUGGCAGGAGAUCCGCAACGCCACCCAGUUCGCCCCUGUGUGUCCUCAGAAUGUCCAUGGCGUGCUCCCAGAGAUUAUGCUGCCAGUGUGGUUCACAGACAAUCUGGACGUGGCGGCAGGUUACAUCCAGAACCAGAGCGAGGACUGCCUCUACCUCAAUAUCUACGUUCCCACAGAGGAUGGUCCGCUCACAAAAAAACAUGAUGAAUCUUCAAUGAACAAGCCUCGAGACGAAGAUAUUCGUGACCGCAGGAAGAAGCCGGUGAUGCUGUUUAUUCACGGAGGCUCCUACAUGGAGGGCACCGGAAACAUGUUCGACGCCAGCGUCCUGGCCGCCUACGGCAACGUGAUUGUGGUGACCAUGAACUACCGACUGGGUGUGCUUGGUUUCCUCAGUACAGGUGAUCAGUCCGCUAAGGGGAACUACGGCCUGCUGGACCAGAUUCAGGCCCUGCGUUGGCUCAAUGAGAACAUCGGCCACUUUGGGGGAGACCCAGAGAGGAUAACUAUCUUCGGCUCCGGUGCUGGAGCAUCCUGCGUCAACCUCCUCAUCCUCUCGCAUCACUCGGAAGGUCUGUUCCACAGGGCCAUAGCCCAGAGUGGAACCGCAAUCUCCAGCUGGUCAGUCAACUACCAGCCCCUCAAGUACACCAAGAUCUUGGCCCGCAAGGUGGGCUGCACCUACACAGAAACGGCCGAUCUGGUCGACUGUCUAAGGCGCAAAAACUUCCGGGAGCUGGUGGACCAGGACAUCCAGCCGGCUCGUUACCACAUCGCCUUUGGCCCCGUGGUGGACGGAGACGUGGUGCCCGACGAUCCUGAGAUUCUCAUGCAGCAGGGGGAGUUCCUCAACUAUGACAUCCUAAUAGGAGUGAAUCAAGGAGAGGGGCUGAAGUUUGUGGAUGACAGUGAGGACAACGACGGCAUCUCAGCCGCAGCAUUCGACUACACCAUCUCCAACUUUGUCGACAACCUCUAUGGCUAUCCUGAGGGCAAAGACAUCCUGAGGGAGACCAUUAAAUUCAUGUACACAGACUGGGCAGACAGGGACAAUGGGGACAUGCGGAGGAAGACCCUCUUAGCUCUGUUUACAGACCACCAGUGGGUAGCGCCGGCCGUAGCCACCGCCAAACUCCACGCCGAAUUUCAGUCUCCAGUUUACUUUUACACGUUCUACCACCACUGCCAGACCGAGACGCGACCCGAAUGGGCCGAUGCCGCUCAUGGUGACGAGAUACCGUACGUGUUUGGCGUUCCCAUGAUUGGCGCUACGGAUCUGUUUCCCUGCAACUUCUCGAAGAAUGAUGUGAUGUUGAGCGCUGUGGUCAUGACUUAUUGGACCAACUUCGCCAAGACUGGGGACCCCAACCUUCCUGUCCCUCAGGACACAAAGUUUAUUCACACAAAGCCCAACCGCUUUGAAGAGGUCAUCUGGACCAAGUUUAACUCAAAGGACAAGCAGUACCUCCACAUUGGCUUAAAACCUCGUGUUAGAGACAACUACAGGGCCAAUAAAGUGGCCUUCUGGUUGGAAUUAGUGCCGCACCUCCACAGUCUACACGAGGAGCUCUUCCCAACCACCACCCGUUCACCACCAGGCCCGGGUUCAGGCACCCACAGACCCUGGCCCAAAACACCAGGCCCUCGUAGCACCCGUCACCCCUACCCUACCUUCCCCUCUGAUCCGGAGCCUGAGGGUUCAGAGCGUCCACAUCAGGAUCUCUUCCCUGGAGACACCCGUGACUACUCCACCGAGCUGAGCGUGACAGUUGCCGUAGGGGCGUCACUCCUCUUCCUAAACAUCCUGGCCUUCGCCGCCCUUUAUUACAAGCGUGACAAGCGGCACGAGAUGCGACGCCACCGACUGUCUCCCCAGCGGGGCGGCCCUGCCAACGACCUGGCUCACAGCCAGGAGGAGGAGAUCAUGUCCCUGCAGAUGAAGCACUCGGAACACGAUGCUCACCACGACAUGGAACCACUCCGGCCCCACGAAAUCCUACGGCCCGCCUGCCCACCUGACUACACGCUGGCACUGCGCCGUGCCCCCGACGACGUGCCGCUGAUGACACCCAACACCAUCACCAUGAUCCCCAGUUCCAUCACCGGCAUGCAGCCUCUUCAUGCCUUCAGCACCUUCCCCUCCACCGGUCACAACAACACCCUGCCCCAUCCCCACUCCACCACCAGGGUAUAGUAGGGACUGGCCCGACAUAGCGCCACCUAAGGACCAGGAAGACUGGCUGAUCUAGAAGGAAGGCCUCUGGAUGUGGGCCUUUGUUCUGUUCUCUUAUUCUCUUGUUUCUCCAAAAACAACUCCACCUCCUCCAUCAUGUGCUGUCAAACUAAGCAGCU